GGUAGCGAGUCUUCCGCCAUCAGUGGGUCCAGCUCCACCGUUUACCAUGGCGCUCCCUGUGCCAGUGACGUUGUGUUUGAUGGUGGUAGUUCUGGUAGUGAGGGGGGUAGAGUGUGAUCCAGGGCCUCACUACCAUCACCAUGCAGGCGAGGGCGUGGCCGUACAUCCCGGAGGUGGUACAUCCUACGUCCGUGGUGUGGGUAAGCGCUCUGCUGAUCCUGGACCUGAACCUGAACCCGAACCCUUAGCCAGUGCCGAACCCCAUAACCCGUAUUAUGGCUAUCGUUAUCCGUAUUACGGUCACCACUAUCUUCGCCGUUACGGUUACGGUUACCCUCACUCUCACUACCACAAGACGGUCCACAAGCACCACAAGCGUUCUGCAGACCCCUCACCAUCUCCUGAACCCGAACCCGAAGCCUUAGCCAGUGCCGAACCCCAUAACCCGUACUAUGGCUAUCGUUAUCCGUAUUAUGGUCACCACUAUCUUCACCGCCGUUACGGUUACGGUUACCCUCACUCUCACUACCACAAGACGGCCCACAAGCACCACAAGCGUUCUGCAGACCCCUCACCAUCUCCUGAACCCGAAGCCUUAGCCAGUGCCGAACCCCAUAACCCGUACUAUGGCUAUCGUUAUCCGUAUUACGGUCACCACUAUCCUCACCGCCGCUACGGUUACGGUUACCCUCACUCUCACUCCCACAAGACGGCCCACAAGCACCACAAGCGCUCUGCAGACCCCUCACCAUCUCCUGAACCCGAACCCGAACCCUUAGCCAGUGCCGAACCCCAUAACCCGUACUAUGGCUAUCGUUAUCCGUAUUACGGUCACCACUAUCCUCACCGCCGCUACGGUUACGGUUACCCUCACUCUCACUCCCACAAGACGGCCCAUAAGCACCACAAGCGCUCUGCAGACCCCUCACCAUCUCCUGAACCCGAACCCGAAGCCACAGCCGAUCCUGAACCCCAUUACAGAUACCCAUACCGCUACCAUGGCUAUCACGGCUAUCCCUACCACUACUACAGACACUCAUGGUAGGACAGCGGGUUCUCCCAUGAUCCCGCCGUUCCAGACUAUGUCCGGUUCUCAUGCCCGAUAGUCCGGGUUCGCUCACCUGGUUUUUCGGACACUGAUGAACCAUCAAGGUUGAUGAUGAUGCUGGCACCCCAUAAGACUGUGUGAAUCGUUUUCUUUGAUCUUCAGUUAAGCACAAACUCAAAUAAAUCUUCAUUGACUUGA